GGAGCGGGACUAGUCCCACCGCAUCGGAGGGUCCCGCUGCUCCUCGCCAUGCUGCCGGCGCGCCUCCACCCAGGGCGGCUCCUGUCCGCCUCGCCGCUCCGCCUGCCCGCGCCGCGGGGAGCCGCCGCCGGGGAGCCCGCCCGGAUGCCGGGCACCACCCGCGCCGAGCAAGCUCACAGGGUGGUUGCAAGUUACAAGCCUUCGAAGUUUGACAAAAAAAUCCUCGUCUGGACUGGGCGUUUCAAGACAGAAGAAGAUAUUCCUCAGAGGAUCCCGCCAGAGAUGUUAGAUAAGGCAAGAAACAAAGCUCGAGUUAAAGCUUGUUACAUCAUGAUUGGACUCUCCAUCGUUGCCUGUUUUGCAGUGAUUGCCUCAGCUAAGAAGGCUGCUGCACGUCAUGAGUCCUUAACAAGCUGGAACUUGGCAAAGAAGGCCAAGUGGCGGAAGGAGGCUGCGCUAGCAGCGGAGGCAAAGACCAAGUAACUUCACACACAAUGCUGAAUGUCCUUGUGGGAGCAAAAUUAAUGGUUGCUGAGAGUGAUAAGCGAAUAUCCCCAGUAACCAGACAGUUGUAGCACUGUACAUCCAGGAGCCAAUAAAAGUACUUACAAGAUCACAA